GUAGUCAUUGCUCUUUGGGAGGGUGUACACAAGUAGUGUAAAGAUGGCGUCGACGGUGUGUGUUUCUAGAUGCCGACUUUUAGCGAAAUUAGAAAUAAAUCGUGGUUUGUGUUUAUCAUCAAUAUUUAGUGAUCUGUCGAAUAGCAGAGAGUCGUGGUGCCGGCGCUGGCGACCAACACGGCGUUCCAUCUUCACAAGCGCUUGUGCUCACGGAUCUAAAAAUGCUCCUACAAAAUUGGAACCAGAGAAAUCUGAGGAAGUGUCGGUGACGUACCGUCGCGGGCUACCGGUGAUCACGGUACCGCUGCCGUCCCGCCGCGAGCGCUGUCGCUUCACGCUGCGCCCCGUCUCACAAACCGUCGGCGAUCUGUUGGAACAGGUGAAGGCAGAAGACCGCGGCGUGGAGCGUGCGGUGGCACUAGCUCCAGACGACCGCGUGCGCAUCGCUGCCAGUGACACGGUAGAGUCACUGCUAGAGAACGACUUCCGACUCGUCAUCAACGACACAGAGUAUUAUGUUAAGAGCCCGCCCCAGGAACGUUUGAGUUCAGAAGAGAUUACUCGUCUGAGCGACGUGCGCAACUUGGUCAACCAGCUUUAUGAAGCUCUUAACGUCCGCGAGCACCAGAUCCGCAAGGAGCGCGAGCUCAGAGGACAACUGGAAAAACUCUCUGCUGAACUGCAACCACUGGAAGAGAAACGAAUGUCGCUGGAAGUGGAAACGUCUCGGCGCACGUCCGCACUUACGUGGGUGGGGCUAGGGCUGAUGGGCGUGCAGUUCGGGGUCCUGGCUCGGCUGACCUGGUGGGAGUAUUCCUGGGACAUCAUGGAGCCUGUCACUUAUUUUGUUACUUACGGCACCGCGAUGGCAGCGUACGCGUACUUUGUGUUGACUAAACAGGAAUACGUGUUACCAGACGUAAAAGACAGGCAACAUCUUUUGAUGCUUCACAAAAAAGCGAAAAAAAUCGGACUCGACAUCAAUCAUUAUAAUUACUUAAAGGAUGAGAUAGACAAGCUUCAAAAGGACCUCGCCCGUCUAAGAGAUCCGUUGCACAUUCACUUGCCGACAUCGUACUCGCCUAAAUCUGGUGAAGAGAAACGUUCCCCGUUGACUAAACUAAAGGACAUGCUCGAUGAAACUAGUAAAAAAAUGAAAAUCACGUAAUAUAUGUUUAUCACGCGUCGUCGCUUGAAAUAGACGCGUAACACUUGCCUUGUUAACACAUUCACUGCUACUCUGCGAGUUCAGGUGAGUAUGUGAACAUCGUAGCGGCAUUGAACGUGUUAAUGAUAAAUGUUGUUAAUAAUUAUUUUACGGAUGACAUUUUGCGAUCGCUCACUGUAUUGUUAUAGAGAAAUUUUGCACUUAUAUUUUGUUGUAUAGGAUUUAGGGUGCGUUUACACUGAACCGAAACUACGAAAAGUUAGAAAAGCAAGUUAACUGUGAAAUUAUUUUAUUAUAGUGAAGGUUAUGAAUUAUUUUUUUAAAGUACAGAUCUGAUAUUAUAUUUUUUAUGAAAUGUUCUAUAGUGAAUAUAUAUUAUAGCUUUCUGAUGCCUACAACAAAUGAUAGUUUUAAUUUCAUGUAAUUAUUUUUAUACGCUUUAUUUUACUGAAGUUAAAUAUUUCACUACGCACAAAAUAGAAUACUAUCCUUAUAAUAUUGCUACUUUAUACGGUUUAAUUUCAGUGAAAUUCACCCUUAAUAUUAACUAAGAAGCAUUUGAUAAAAAAUGUUGGUGACCUCUGAUUUUUUUAUGUGUACAUCGCUAUUGUAAUGGAAUUUGCAGGUAUUGUGUAGUCAAUGAUUAUAGUUCUUAUUAGUUUGUUUUUAAAAUUAAUUAUUUUAAUUAAUUCAGAAAUAUAUUGGAAAAAAAAUGAUAUUUUUUAGUGUGGUAAACUUUUUGCUCAGAUAUUAUGUUUCCUAUUUAUAAUUUAAAUUUAAAACAGUUUUAACCCUUAGUAGCCUGAUUUACAUACGAAAGUGACUUAUUUU